AUGGAAAAGUUAAUGGAUGUAAUGAUAGAUGAAUGUCGUGGUGUAUGUAAUAAAGCUUUAGCUGAACUUGUUUCCAAGCUCAAUGACAUUGCUGAAUUAUAUCUUCAUGUUAAUGAACCAGCCGCUGCUGUUGAACAUUAUAGGACAGUGUUAGAACUAAUAGAAAAAUAUAACGAUAAAAAACUUGAAAUUGAUAUAUGUCAGAAAAUCCGUGCUAUGUAUAAUUUGUCCACUGUACUUGAUGAAAAUACAACCUUAAACCGUGCAUUAAAUGAUUCAGACUUAAAAAGGGAUGUGGAACUACUUGAAAAAGAAUAUCUUGAUGCGAGUAAACAAAAUAUUGAAUCAACUCAUAGAACUGUUAAGUUUUAUUCAGAUAAGGUAGCUAAUAUUCUCGGGAAUAAAACCCUACGUUAUUCUGAAUGGUGGUCAGACAUUUUGGACUGGAUUAUUUCACCAAAUGACUUUUUAGCUGAUGUACAAACAGAGUUGGAGGAUUAUUGUGUGCCUGGUGUUCCAAAUAUUGCAAAACGAUUGAAGUCAGUAAAUGAUGUCCAUAAUACUCUUAGUGUUUGGCUAGAUGACCUACAUACAGCAAGAAUAAGCACAAUAUCAAAACUAAAAGCUUUAGAAGAUGCAUCCAUGAGUGACUUGGUUCAAAGGGCAUUAAUGUGUCAUCUAAGUUUAAGAAUAAGAAAGAGGCGAUGUUUUUUAUGUAAUGCUGAAACGCAACUAGUAAUAUAUGGAUCAUUGUUGUUUAGUGCUUCUAAUAAACAAAUGUAUGACAGUACUAGUAAAUGCUUAUUGAAGAUGUCUCAAAAAGAAUUUUUACUUAUAAAUGCAGCUGAACAUAUAAAGGUAUUGGAGUUGGUACGUGAAGAAUUCCGUUACUUAAAGUUUCUAUAUACUCAUACCAGAGACAGCGUUUAUGCUCAUGAGAAGAUAGGUGUGGCAAAGUCACGGAGGACAAAUAAAUUUCGUUGUAUACCAUUGGUGGAUCUUAAAUUUGGAGAAAUAACAAUAACUACAGCUUAUUUAGAAAAAAAAGUCGGAAUCCUACUUUAUCUAGAAAAUUUAAAAAAAGAAAAAGAAAACUCUACUGAAGUUGAUACAUGUCCAAUUUGUUGUCUCAAUGGUGAUACCGGGUGGGCAUUUUUUGAAUGUGGCCAUAGUGUGUGUAAUCAGUGUUUAGAAACCAUGUGUAAUCAUUCAGAUACCUUUAAGGUAGACUGUCCUAUGUGUAGGAUAAGUACACCAAUAAAUUGUAUAUCCUAUGUAAAAAAUAACCAAGAAGGUGCAGGGUCAAACAUAGUAAUCAAAGGAUCAUUUUCUACUAAAAUAGAAUGUGUCACUUUAAAACUAAUGGAAUUGAUUAGUCAGGAUCCAAAUGUGAAAGUUUUAAUUUUCUCAAAUUGGGAUAAAGCAUUAAAUCUUCUAGGAGAAGCUUUAGAUCAAAAUUCAAUCAGUUAUAGGAUACUAAAAACGGGAACUAAGUAUAAAAAAACACUAAAAGAUUUUAAGGUAUGUAAAAAAUUAAGAUAAUUAUGUAAGUGAUUAUUUAGUAUAUAAAGUCAAACUUCCUUAUAAUGUCAGCGGAGGAUAGGAAAAUAAUUAUAACUAUUCAGAAGUGAAGAAUAACAGUCAAAUUGCAAUAUUUUCUGAUGGCCACUAUAUAAAAUACUUAUAAAUUUAAACAAAAGUUCUUCAUAAUA